GGCUGCGCCAUUUGUGAAAGUGAGUCUUUACUUUGGUCGGCUGCACCUCGACUGGUUAUGGCUUCCACUCAGAAUCUCGAUGUCACCCAAUCCACCACCGGCCCAGCGGCCACCCAAUCUACCACCGAUCCAGCGGCCGCCCAAUCUACCACCGGUCCAGCGGCGGAAGAAACCGAGCAGAAAAUAAGUGAGAAUGUAGCUGAUAGGGUAGCCAGCCUGCCGCUGGUCAGCUCUGCCUACGACAUGGUCUCGGCGGCAUACACCUCUACAAAAGAGAGCCACCCCUACGUGAAAUCAGUCUGUGACAUGGCAGAGAAGGGAGUGAAGACCAUUGCUUCGGUGGCGGUCAGCGGUGCCCAGCCCAUCCUCAACAAACUGGAGCCACAGAUUUCCACAGCCAACGAAUACGCCUUGAAAGGUUUGGACAAGCUGGAAGAGAAGUUGCCAAUCCUUCAACAACCCACGGAUAAGAUCAUUUCAGGCACAAAAGACCUGGUGACCGGGGCUAAGGAGGCGGUGAGUUCCACCGUCAGUGGCAUGGUGGACAAAACCAAGGAAGUGGUCCAGGGCGGCGUGGACAUAACCCGCUCGGCUGUCCAGAGUGGCGUGGAGAUGACCCGCUCGGCGGUUUCCAGCAGCGUCAACACCGUGAUGGAGUCUUCCGUGGCACAGAUGGUGUCCAGCAACUUGGAAGCGGCCCUUGGAAAAUCUGAAGAGAUGGUGGACCAUUAUCUUCCCAUGACCGAUGAAGAACUGGCCAAACUGGCUACCUCCGUGGAGGGCUUUGAAAUUGGCACGGUGGAGCAGCAGAAGGAGCAGAAAAGCUACUUUGUGCGCCUGGGGUCCUUGUCCAGCAAACUUCGCCACCGGGCCUUCCAACACUCCCUGGUCAAGUUGAAAAAGGCCAAGCAGGGCACCCAAGACUCGCUGUCCCAACUGCACCAGACCAUCGAACUGAUCGAACACGUCAAACAGGGAGUUGAUCAGAAGCUUCAAAGCGGCCAGGAAAAACUCCAUCAGAUGUGGCUGCAGUGGCACCAGAAGCAGGCUCCGGAGGUGACCCAGAAGGAUGCCCCCAAGCCACAGGAGAUCGAGUCCCAAGCUCUGGAGGUCUCCCGUGGCCUCACCCAACAGUUGCAAUCGGCUACCACAACGCUGGUCUCCAACCUCCAAGGUCUACCAGCCGGCCUUCAAGAGAAAGUGGGCCUUAUCCGCCAGAACGUCGACGAGCUCCGUACCGCCUUCAUGACCGCUGGAUCUUUCCAGGAUCUGCCGGGAUCCAUCCUAGCUCAGAGUCGGGAAAAAGUUGCCAAGGCCCGUCAGUUGACGGAUGAGCUGAUGGAUCAUGUGGUACAAAAUGCCCCUCUUACUUGGCUUGUAGGCCCCUUCUCGGCCUCGGGCAAACCAGAGGGUGAAGAAAUAGAAAUGAAAUAACAAUAUUCUGACUUGCUUUCAUCCUUGAAAUGCUAAGUGUAAGGCGGGGUUUUUUUUGGAGCAAAGGGAAGAAUUAAGCUUGGCUGCAAAUAGUUGAAAUAAAUAUAGAACUCUUGAUGUAAAAGAAUGCUGAACCAUGGAAAGUCGAAGGAUUUUUUGAUGGUCCGGGUGCUUUUGUUUUUCUAACAUGAUCCAGUGAAAUUUUGGGCCGACGGGCUUAUUUCGCCCAAUUUAACACGCCUGAUUUCAUACUGUAAAUUGGCAAUUGAAGAGGCGUUUAUCUCACUAACUCAUCUAAAAGCAAGUGGUUUUUUUUUUAUAACGUUGCAGGAUUAGGAGAAUAGAAUCCAUUUUAAAUGGAUGUGGCCCAAAUUAAGAAACGGUUAUCUAUAUUUUUCAUUUGUACCCAACUUCUUUUCAAUUGCUGGCAGAUUAUUCUUGAAAGAGAAAUCUCAGAGACAAAGAAUUAUUCAGUUUGAUGCAAAAUGCAGAACAACGGGGAAGAUUAACCAAUUAUACGCAACCUUUUUCUUCUGAAUUUUCUCUUCCCCGUGAUAAUUCUCUGGCUUAAUUGAUUUUUUUUGCAAAUAGUGACAGAACUGAGAAAGCUGAAGUUGCCAGAAAUGUAAGUGGGAUGAAAGGUUGGAGACGAAGAUUAGGAAAUUAUCUGGGUUUUUUUUUUAUUAUUCUUGCAUUCUGGUCCUUUUUAUUCAGCCUUUCUUGGUGCCUGUAGGAGUUGGGAGGAGGGAAAAUGAGGUUAAACAUCUUUGCAAAGUUUCUUCUGUAUUUGCAAGUCAAGUUAUCUAGGGCAGCGUAGCAUCCUUUGGUUAAAGUUCUUCCCAUCAUUUACACCACGAGUCUCCAAAGUUGGCAACUUUUCAGGCUUGUGGACUUCAACUCCCAGAAUUCCCCAGCCAGCCAUACAUUCAUAGCCGGCUGGGGAAUUCUGGGAGUUGAAGUCCACAAGUCUUAAAAGGGUUGCCAACUUUAGAGAGCCCUGGUUUACAGGGUGGAAUCAACUCUUAACCAAUACAGAUGAUCAGACUUGUUCCAUUUUCAGCUCCUUGCUUGUAAAUGACCUUUCAGAGUUUUCCACGCGCUCUUUGUAUGUUGUGUAAAUCAAUUUUCCCUCCAGGCUUCCUAUUGUCGAUUUAUAACCCAUGCCUUAACUCACAAAAUAAAACUAAUACCAUA